AAGAAUUUCAACUCAUCCGUCAAUGCCUCUUUCUCCCUCUCUAAAUUAAUCAUUGAUUGGUGAAAUUUGACUCUUCCUCAAGCUUUUAAAUCCAAAAUCCUUUGUGGGAUCAAGGGUUUUUCGAAUUUUUCUGACCCCUUUCAAACCCUAAGUUUUGUAGUAACUGCUGCUCUGAAUCUCGCUUCAUAUUCUGUGUUGACGUUGAACUCAAUUCGUUACUGGUGAUGGCGGCGGAGGUUGAGUACGAGAGCGAUCCGGAGGAGGCGAAGUUGUCGCUGAAGAUGCGGCGGAGGGAGGCGAGCGACGACGAAGAAGAGGCGGAGGGAGGGGGGAAACCGCCGCGGAGGAUUGACUCGGACGGGGAAUCUGAAGGUGCGGCGGCGGAGUAUGAGGAGGAGUUGGAUGAAGAAGAGGAGGAUUAUGAUUUGGAUGAGGAGGAUAUAGGUAAAGAGGUUGCGGAGGUGGUGGCGGUGGAGAGAGAGGAGAGUGAGAGUGAGAGGGAAAGAAAUUUUGAGGGGAAUGACGAUGCAGGUGAAAAUAAUGAUGGGGAUAACAAUGCUGGUGAUGGGGAGCAUGAGGAAGAGAAGAAGGAAGUAGAGCCCUUCUCUGUGCCGACUGCUGGGGCAUUUUACAUGCACGAUGACAGAUUUCGAGACAAUGCUGGCGGGCGAAAUAGGAGAACCCUUGGAGGAAGAAAAUUGUGGGAGUCUCAGUCUCAAGAUGAUAGGAAAUGGGGGCACGAUAAGUUUGAAGAGCUGACUAUGCAGGAAAGGCAUCAUGAACAGGGUAGAAGGGGUGCUAGGGGACGCCAUAGGGGCCGGGGCCGCAAUAGAAAUAGAGCCACAGAUCCUGGAUUUGCACAAGUAAACCGACCCGAAGAAUACAUUAAUAACAGCACAGAGAAUAAUAAUUAUCAGGGCAGUGCUCCCAAGGGUGUUAGGGGACGAGGGCUUCGAAGAUAUCAACCAUCCUUUAAGAACAACAAUGACUCUCCAGCUACACAAAACAAAUACCCUGGGAAAUCGGUUGAAAAGCAUUCCCAUGUCAGUUCUCGAAGGAGUAGUGAACCUGUAUCUAAUGCAAAACCUGAUGUAGUUCCUAGAAAACAAGUAGCCUCCAAUUUGAACAUUGCUUCCCCUCCAUUUUAUCCUACUGGUUCUUCCACAAAGGAUAACACUGCACCCCCUAAGAGGGAUGUCCAUGCUAGUACAGUUAAUCGUGGCCAGCAACCAGUGGUGGGUGAGAAUUUUACUAUGUCGCAGUCUACUGCUACAAUGCGAGGAAAAAAUAUAGUGGAUUCCACUGGUCAACCUCAGUUAAGGGGCCAAGGAAGAGGACCAGGUUCCUUCACACAGAUGGCUUACCAACCAGUUGUCUCUAAUAACCAACAUAACAGGGUUCCACUGCCUAACCAGCAACAAAAUGUUCAGAGGAAUUCUGGUCAAAUUCGUGCUCAGUCUUCUCUGCAAGGUUCUUCCCAGCAGUUUAAGCAACGUGUGCCCAGUAAUUCACAAGCAUUCUCUCCACCUAAAGCUGCUGGUUCUGUAAAUACAUCUGAAUCUGGGGAUGUGGAAUCUGCUUCUGAAUUAAAUCAGCCUAAGACUGCAUUGAUUGCUAAAGGAAAAGGGAGUGCUCCCGGCAGCACUAAGGGCUCGUUCCUAUAUGGUGGAGCUCAGGUUAUGGGAUCCUCUGCCAGUAUGGGCAGUGGCCCCGGUGAUCAAAACUUCCCAGCUUUCUUACCUGUCAUGCAAUUUGGAGGCCAGCACCCUGGGGGAAUUGGUGUUCCUGCUGUUGGCAUGGCCUUUCCUGGAUAUGUUGGUCAACCACAACUUGGCGGUCUAGGGAGUUCCGAAAUGACUUGGCUUCCUGUUUUAGCGGGUGCUGCUGGAGCACUGGGUGCUGCUGGGGCGUUAGGUGCAACAUAUUGUCCGCCAUAUUUAACUGUUGAUGGUUCAUAUAAUGCUCGGCCUUCUGGGCAGGCAUCUUCCACAGAAGCUGCUUCAAGCAAAGAGAAUAGCAGUGCAACAAAAGGUCCUUCACAGAGGCCUGAUCUUGCAAAUGAUGAUUUCGGGCAGAGGCAAAAGAACCCUCGCAGAUAUACGGAGAUGAAGUUUGACCAGUGAAGUAGCUGGAUGGCUUGGUUGUCUUGGAAUAAGCAUAUAAUCAAAAAUCUUUAGAGUCCUAAAAUCUGUUGGGUGUAGCAGAGUGUUUGGGUGUGCUUUUGGUCCAAGGCCCAUUGUCUUCUCCAGUCGUUGAUCUGGAGUACAUUGGGCUACUGCACUUUCUCAGAUAUUUUAGGUACUUGAAAACGCCUGAUCCUGCUGCCUUAAUUUGAUGAAGAACACUGCAGCUUGACAGGUUAUUGUGCAUUAGUCUUUACCUGAACCAUGCAAGAAGGUUGUUAUGGAGCUUUCAAAAAUAAAGAAUGAGAAGUAUUGUUGUGCCGCUGCUGCUUGCUUUAUCAAACUACGUUAUUAUGUGGACGUUAUUUUCUGUCUAAACAUCCAAUUGUCUUGCAGUUUCUGGUAUUUUGGUUUGAGACCGACUUGAACUUUAUUCUUCACCUAUGAGCCACUGUUAAUAUAUGUACUUGGGUUGAAAAUAAACUGAUUUCUUGGUA